GGCUGGUUGCUGAUUUAGGGGGUGGGAGGCAUGUUUGAGGAGUGGGGUGCUCUGUAGAGGGUCGCUAUACUUUUAGGAAGUUUUGGGGGUCCUUCUCUUCUAUGCGCAGUUCGGGGUUGUGCUUUGUGUAGCUAGCAGGACGGUUUUUAUUUUUUCCUGCGGUUGGAUUGUUUUUUUUUUCCUCCCCUGUAUUUUUAACAUUGUGCUGGGGGAGCGCUCCCUGCCGGCGGGGGUAUCAGCAUGCCACAGUUAAACAGCGGUGGGGGAGAUGAGCUCGGGGCCAACGAUGAGCUGAUCCGGUUUAAGGAUGAGGGGGAGCAGGAGGAGAAGAGCCCCGGGGAGGGCUCCGCGGAGGGGGAUCUGGCGGACGUCAAGUCCUCGCUGGUCAACGAGUCCGAGAACCACAGCAGCGACUCCGACUCCGAGGCGGAGAGACGACCUCCUCCGAGAGAGAGUUUUGAGAAACCCCGGGAUUACCUGUCUGAAGCGUUCAGGAGGCAGCAGCAGGAUGCAGCGUUCUUUAAAGGCCCGCCGUACGCCGGGUACCCGUUCCUGAUGAUUCCAGACCUCGGAGGCCAUUAUCUACCUAAUGGUGCUUUAUCCCCCAGUGCCCGCACGUAUUUACAGAUGAAAUGGCCCCUCCUGGAUGCCCCCAGUACAGCGGGAUUGAAAGACGCCAGAUCCCCGUCGCCUGCCCACUUGUCGAACAAAGUGCCGGUUGUGCAGCACCCGCAUCACAUGCACCCUCUUACACCGCUCAUCACCUACAGCAAUGACCACUUCUCCCCGGGGACCCCUCCAGGGCACCUGUCGCCCGAGAUAGACCCCAAGACAGGGAUCCCUCGACCUCCUCAUCCGUCAGAACUAUCCCCUUACUAUCCUCUAUCUCCUGGGGCAAUGGGGCAGAUUCCUCACCCGCUAGGCUGGCUCAUGCCACAGCAGGGUCAGCCGAUGUACUCCCUCCCUCCCGGUGGAUUCAGACAUCCAUAUCCUGCUCUGGCUAUGAACGCCUCCAUGUCUAGUUUGGUGUCCAGCCGCUUCUCUCCACACAUGGUGUCCCCUCACCACAGCCUGCACACCUCAGGGAUCCCUCACCCCGCCAUUGUUUCACCUGUUGUCAAGCAAGAACCGUCCUCUGGAAACAUGAGUCCGAACCUCAACUCGAAACCAGCUGCGGCAAUUAAGAAGGAAGAAGAGAAGAAGCCGCACGUCAAGAAGCCUCUGAACGCCUUCAUGCUUUAUAUGAAGGAGAUGAGAGCCAAAGUGGUGGCAGAGUGCACAUUAAAAGAGAGUGCAGCUAUCAACCAGAUCCUUGGCCGCAGGUGGCAUUCCUUGUCGCGAGAAGAACAAGCCAAGUACUAUGAACUUGCACGGAAGGAGAGACAGCUCCACUCGCAGCUUUACCCCACGUGGUCUGCACGGGACAACUAUGGAAAGAGGAAGAAGCGGAAGAGAGAAAAACAGAACCAGGAAGCUGAGCACUGCUCCAAACCCAAGAAGAUUUGUGUCCAGCACCUCCCGGCAGAUAAAUCCUGUGACAGUCCGGCUUCCUCCCAUGGCAGCAUGCUGGACUCCCCAGCCACCCCGUCCGCCGCGCUGGCAUCUCCGGCAGCCCCUGCCGCCACCCACUCGGAACAGGCUCAGCCGUUGUCGCUCACCACCAAGCCAGAAGCAAGAGCUCAGAUGUCUCUCAGCCACUCCGCUGCCUUCCUGGCCUCCAAAUCCCCUCCGUCCUCCAGUCUUUCUGGUUCAAUGGGCUCGCCUGUGGGCUCCCCACUGCUCUCUCGCCCCAUCCCACUCACAUCUUCCAUUCUGUCUCCACCCGGAAUCUACCCUUCUGCUCUGCAAGCGCUACCCUUGCUGCAGGCACAGCCGCUCUCCUUGGUGACCAAAUCCAGUGACUGACGUGACUAUUCCACCCAGGACUGUUCACCCAAAAUUAGUAGGCCUUUACAGAUCUGCAUGCACAGUGCCCUGGAACUAGGAUAUAUACAUAUACUGCAGAUCUGGACAUUACUCUGCAAAGGUAUAUAUAAUUGUCUUGAGAUGGGGACACUUUUUUUUUUACACUGCUCGUCUAUUUGCAGAUACAGAUGUUGGCCUGCUGUGCUAACUAAUGCCCGGCAUAUAUUUGAUCAUCGCUGGUGUAUACACAGGAAAAAAUACUGUUCCACUGGGCAUUAGGAAGGAGCGCCCCUUAAGGCUCACCGUCAGGCGCUUCCCGUGCUCUUUACAGCCUUGGCCACAAUGCACGGCACAUACGGAUUAAAUACGUCGUGGGGGCCUAUAGAGCGCUCCUCCUGUGCAUUGCUGGCCUUCUACAGAUUACCAAUCAGGUUUUACCAGCACCCUCUGGACUCCAGCAACUUCUUAUCGACAUGGACACGACCUGCAAGGAUUAUUGGUCAAUAUUUGACCUGGCGGCUUCCCCCCCAUCCCUUUCGGUCACACGCGUCUCUUGUUUUUGUAUCUUUCUUUGUUUCUUUGUAGCCAAUUUUACGCAACUAGAAAAACAAAAAUAAUAAACUUCAGUGGGGAAAGAA